CUUAAAAAAAAAACAAAAACGAAUGGUGAAACUGAACUAGGGAAGUAGCGUGGAAAUGGAGAGAAAGGAACCAUGGAUUUGAGGUAUAUUCAUAAGGUAGAACUGGGACAUAGGGACUAUAGGAUGCAGGAGGUAAGUAGAAGAAAGGUGCCAAAGAUCACUUUCCGGAUUUUGGUCUGGCACCAGUAGAUGGACAGAAGUAUCAUUCAGUGAACACAGGGAACACAGGGAAGAACUGUUUGGGGAAAGCUGCAUGGGGGAUGUGAUGAGUUCACUUUUGGACAUGUCAAAUUCGAGAUGUCUAUGAGAUUUCCCUGUGGAGAUUCUGACUAGGUGAUUGCUCUGCCAGUCUUGAAGCUCAGAAGGGUCUAUCCUGGAAAUUCAGAUUUGGGAGGGUCAGUGGAUGGGUAGUAGAUUAAGUUAUGGAAGCAAGAUGAGUUUGCUCAGGGACAGAGUGUUAAUUGAGAAAAGGAUGGACUUCUGAGGAAUACUCACAUUUAAGAGAUGAGUAGGGAAAGAGAAAUCUUGAAGAAGGCUAAAAUGGAAUAGCCAGAUUGUGGUGGGUUGAAAAAUUAGUGGGUUAGUUCGGGCACGGUGGCUCAUGCCUGUAAUCCUAGCACUUUGGGAGGCUGAGGCAGGUGGAUCGCUUGAGUUCAGGAGUUCAAGACCAGUGUGGGCAACAUGGCAAAACCUGGUCUCUACAAAAAAUACACACACACACACACACAACUAGCCAGGUGUGGUGAUGUGCUCCUGUAGUCCCAGCUACUUGGGGGGCUGAGGCAGGAGGAUCGCUUGAGCCCAGGAGGUCGAGGCUGCAAUGAGCGGAGAUCAUGCCACUGCACUCCAGCCUGGGUGCCAAAGUGAGAACCUGUCUCAAAAAGAAAGAAAGAAAAAUUAGUGGGUCAGAGGGUCUUGUAGAGAAUGGGGAGGUGUGCCCUUGACUCUUAAUGUCCUCAAUCUUGGCAACACUGGGGGUUCCUUGAACACGGCAAAAUCUUAUAUGGCUCUGAGAUUCCAAAGCAUUGACUCAGAUACCUGCCUCAUGCAAAGCCCUAUAUUCUACAGCAGUUUCCCUUUCCUCUGUGGCAGACUCUUGUCCCCCCUAACAGAUGGCUCAGAGAAUUUCAGGGCUCCCUGUCAGUCCUGGAACCCUUGUUCCAGAGUGCUCCCUCAUCAUCCAAGAGGCUGAUAAUGGGAGCAUCUAUUAGGAGACUGGACAGGAAAUGUCUGGGCAUGUUAUACAUGCAGAAGGCCUUAGACUAGGCUGCAGAGAGGGAUUUGGGCAUGGCUGGGAGGAUAUGAACUCUCAGAGCACGGACAGAAGGCUUUGCUGCCCACCCCCAUCUACCCUGGAGUAGAUUUUCACCAUAGGCAGAAUGAUCCAGGGCUAGACCACUACUCUGUAGGCCCCUAGAGAUUCAAGAGGCCUCUAACAAGCUGGAGUCCGAGGCUACAUUCUAGGAUCUGUUCCUCCUGAUGUAGUCUGCAGUUUGGCCUCAGUCUGCAAUUGAGGGGCCCUAUGGCAAUGUUGCUUGGCAAUGUAUUAAACAGCAGGCCUUGGGGACUAGCACUUGAGUUAACACAGCCACCACAACCACUACUGCCAUCAUCACCUUCCCGGAAGGCAGCCACCUGUCUGGCUCCUGGCUUUGUCCAGCUGCCAACCUAAGGCAUGUGCCUACGCAGGAGGCGAUGACAUUUUGGCUCCACGUUCAAAGUUUUUUUUUUUUUUUUCGUUUCUCAUGUGUUAUUUCUAAAGAUAACAAAGGUCAAAAGGCAUCCAGCAUUUUCUGGUUUCUCAUAAGCUUCUGGUCAAUAUUUAAUCUGGUUUAUGGAUUUUUUUUUAGGUCUUCUGGAUGCCUUCUUGAGGCUGCUUGUGGCCACCCACAGACACUUGUAAGGAGGAGAGAAGUCAGCCUGGCAGAGAGACUCUGAAAUGAGGGAUUAGAGGUGUUCAAGGAGCAAGAGCUUCAGCCUGAAGACAAGGAGCAGUCCCUGAAGACGCUUCUACUGAGAGGUCUGCCAUGGCCUCUCUUGGCCUCCAACUUGUGGGCUACAUCCUAGGCCUUCUGGGGCUUUUGGGCACACUGGUUGCCAUGCUGCUCCCCAGCUGGAAAACAAGUUCUUACGUCGGUGCCAGCAUUGUGACAGCAGUUGGCUUCUCCAAGGGCCUCUGGAUGGAGUGUGCCACACACAGCACAGGUAUCACCCAGUGUGACAUCUAUAGCACCCUUCUGGGCCUGCCCGCUGACAUCCAGGCUGCCCAGGCCAUGAUGGUGACAUCCAGUGCAAUCUCCUCCCUGGCCUGCAUUAUCUCUGUGGUGGGCAUGAGAUGCACAGUCUUCUGCCAGGAAUCCCGAGCCAAAGACAGAGUGGCGGUAGCAGGUGGAGUCUUUUUCAUCCUUGGAGGCCUCCUGGGCUUCAUUCCUGUUGCCUGGAAUCUUCAUGGGAUCCUACGGGACUUCUACUCACCACUGGUGCCUGACAGCAUGAAAUUUGAGAUUGGAGAGGCUCUUUACUUGGGCAUUAUUUCUUCCCUGUUCUCCCUGAUAGCUGGAAUCAUCCUCUGCUUUUCCUGCUCAUCCCAGAGAAAUCGCUCCAACUACUAUGAUGCCUACCAAGCCCAACCUCUUGCCACAAGGAGCUCUCCAAGGCCUGGUCAACCUCCCAAAGUCAAGAGUGAGUUCAAUUCCUACAGCCUGACAGGGUAUGUGUGAAGAACCAGGGGCCAGAGCUGGGGGGUGGCUGGGUCUGUGAAAAACAGUGGACAGCACCCCGAGGGCCACAGGUGAGGGACAUUACCACUGGAUCGUGUCAGAAGGUGCUGCUGAGGAUAGACUGACUUUGGCCAUUGGAUUGAGCAAAGGCAGAAAUGGGGGCUAGUGUAACAGCAUGCAGGUUGAAUUGCCAAGGAUGCUCACCAUGCCAGCCUUUCUGUUUUCCUCACCUUGCCGCUCCCCUGCCCUAAGUCCCCAACCCUCAACUUGAAACCCCAUUCCCUUACCUUAAGCCAGGACUCAGAGGAUCCCUUUGCCCUCUGGUUUACCUGGGACUCCAUCUCCAAACCCACUAAUCACAUCCCACUGACUGACCCUCUGUGAUCAAAGACCCUCUCUCUGGCUGAGGUUGGCUCUUAGCUCAUUGCUGGGGAUGGGAAGGAGAAGCAGUGGCUUUUGUGGGCAUUGCUCUAACCUACUUCUCAAGCUUCCCUCCAAAGAAACUGAUUGGCCCUGGAACCUCCAUCCCACUCUUGUUAUGACUCCACAGUGUCCAGACUAAUUUGUGCAUGAACUGAAAUAAAACCAUCCUACGGUAUCCAGGGAACAGAAAGCAGGAUGCAGGAUGGGAGGACAGGAAGGCAGCCUGGGACAUUAAAAAAAAAAAAAAACGAAAAAAAAAAAAAAACAGAACCCAUUUCUCAGGGCACUUUCCAGAAUUCUCUCAUAUUUGUGGGCUGGGGAUCAAGCCUGCAGCUUGAGGAAAGCACAAGGAAAGGAAAGAAGAUCUGGUGGAAAGCUCAGGUGGCAGCGGACUCUGACUCCACUGAGGAACUGCCUCAGAAGCUGCGAUCACAACUUUCGCUGAAGCCCCUGCCUCACUCUGGGGCAUCUGACCUGGCCUCUUGCCUAAACCACAAGGCUAAGGGCUAUAGACAAUGGUUUCCUUAGGAACAGUAAACCAGUUUUUCUAGGGAUGGCCCUUGGCUGGGGGAUGACAGUGUGGGAGCUGUGGGGUACUGAGGAAGACACCAUUCCUUGACGGUGGCCAAGAAGGAAUAAGAACCUUGGUGUCUAAGAAGCCAGGUGGAUGUGUGUGGUGGCUCCAGUGGGUGUUUCUACUCUGCCAGUGAGAGGCAGCCCCCCAGAAAGUCUUCAGGCGUAAUGGAAAAUCAGCUCAACUGAGAUCAGGCCACCCCAGGGUCCACCUACAGAGCACUACAGAGCCUCUGAAAGACCACAGCACCAAGCGAGCCCCUUCAGAUUCCCCCACUGUCCAUCAGAAGAUGCUCCAGAGUGGCUAGAGGGCAUCUAAGGGCUCCAGCAUGGCAUAUCCAUGCCCGCAGUGCUGUGUCCAUGAUCUGAGUGAUAGCUGCACUGCUGCCUGGGAUUGCAGCUGAGGUGGGAGUAGAGAAUGGUUCCCAGGAAGACAGUUCCACCUCUAAGGUCUGAAAAUGUUCCCUUUACCCUGGAGUGGGAGUGAGGGGUCAUACACCAAAGGUAUUUUCCCUCACCAGUCUAGGCAUGACUGGCUUCUGAAAAAUUCCAGCACACCUCCUCAAACCUCAGUGUCAGCAGAGAGGGCCCAUCUGUUGUCUGUAACAUGCCUUUCACAUGUCCACCUUCUUGUCCAUGUUCCAGCUGCUCUCCCAACCUGGAAGGCCAUCUCCCCUUAGCCAAGUCCUCCUCAGGCUUGGAGAACUUCCUCAGCGUCACCUCCUUCAUUGAGCCUUCUCUGAUCACUCCAUCCCUCUCCUACCCCUCCCUCCCCCAACCCUCAAUGUAUAAAUUGCUUCUUGAUGCUUAGCAUUCACAAUUUUUGACUGAUCGUUAUUUGUGUGUGUGUGUGUC